AGGCCCUGGGGUGGAUCCAGAACAGCUGGAGGGAUAUAUAUCUCGUCUGACCUGGGAACGCCUUGGGAGCCUCCAGGAGGAGCUGGAAAUCACGUUGCAGACAGGGACAUCUGGAGUAGUUUUGCUCAGCCUGCUGCCCCGCAACCCAGCUCUGGCUCAUGCUGAAAUAAACUGGAUAAAAAUGCCUGGAAACUGGAAUAGUCUGGAUGAACCCCCCCCCCACCCCUUUACACCGACUGCCGAACCAAUCACGUCAAUGUAAGGAGUGACAUCUGUAGCCUAAUAGGUGGGGGUGAGGGGAUUUGGGACGGCUUCGCUAAAUCUACAAACUGUUUACCUUCUUAGGGAAAGUUCAUCGGCCGUCUCUGUGCUGCUGAGAAAUUGUACAGUACAGUACAGGUUUUUUAGAGCAGGCGCGACGUAGCCUGUUCGUUUAAGUUCUGAAGCAGUUUCGAAGUGAGGUGUGGUGUUGUGACGUGAACAUGAUACCUCUGAUGUUUACCAGCGUUUUAGCAGGACUACUGGCUCUUCUGCUUUACCAGAGGACGAAUUAUCCAUUCUUCUGGGUGGAUUUGAUUUAUUAUUUGAAACUUCGGAAGUAUAGAAGGACGUCGCAGGCUCGUAUGCAGCAAGGAAUCAUCACAUACCUCGACUGUUUUCUCUACCAGGCGAGGAAUAACCCAAACAAACCCUUCAUCAUCUUCGAAAACCAGUCUCUGACCUACCAGGAUGUGGACAAGAGAAGUAACCAGUUCGCCAAUGCGUUCAGGACUGUGGGCUCUUUGAAACAAGGAGACAUAGUUGCCCUGUUGAUGUUCAAUGAACCGGACUUUAUUUGUGUUUGGUUGGGACUGUGUAAACUGGGCUGUGAAGUUGCCUUUCUCAACGUCAACAUAAAAGCCCAGUCUCUUCUUCACUGCUUUCAUAGUUGUGGAGCCAAGACGCUUGUUGUCGGCGCAGAUCUGGUGCAUUUGGUGGAGGAGGUGUUGCCUGACCUGAAGAAGAACAAUGCGGCUGUGUGGGUGGUGGAUCACACAUCCCCUUCUGAGGAUUUUAGCACAUUACUAGAUAAGGUGGAACACAUGGCUGGAGAAACCCUAAGUGACCUUCCUAAAGUUGACAUCAUGUCCAACUUUCUCUUCAUUUUUACCUCAGGCACCACAGGUCUCUCCAAGGCAGCCCGGGUAGGUCAUCUAAAAGCCAUAGUGAGUAUGGCCUUCUUUCAAAUGUGUGGAGCCACAUCUGAUGACAUCAUCUACAUCACUCUUCCUCUUUACCACAUGUCUGCUUCCCUGUUAGGAAUUGGAGGAUGCAUACAUCUUGGUGCAACAUGUGUGUUAAAAAAGAAGUUUUCUGCCAGUCAGUUUUGGAAGGACUGCUUGAAACACAAUGUGACGGUGGUGCAGUACAUAGGAGAGCUUUGUCGAUACCUGUUAAACCAAUCUGUGGUUCCAGAGGAGAGAGUUCAUAGGGUUUGGCUGGCAGCAGGAAGUGGUCUCAGGUCAGAUGUUUGGAAAGAGUUCAUCAAGCGUUUUGGUAUGAUCAAGAUCAGAGAGGGCUACGGCUUAACUGAGGCCAGCAUCGGCUUCCUGAACUACACUGAUGAGGUCGGACCAAUUGGGAGGGCGAGCUAUUUCAACAAGCUUUCUAUGCCCUUUGAACUCCUGAGAUAUGAUCCACAAACGUACGAGCCAGUCAGAACAGACUCUGGAAGAUGCAUACGAGCACAAAUGGGAGAGGCAGGGAUCCUGGUAGCUCCUCUGACAGCUAUGAACCAGUUCUUGGGCUACGCUGGCAACCAGGCCCAGUCUGAGAAGAAAUUGCUACGGGAUGUGUUUCAAGCUGGAGAUAUCUAUUUCAACACUGGGGACCUCCUGCUCCAUGAUCACAGGGACUUUCUUUAUUUCCGUGAUCGCAUCGGAGACACCUACAGAUGGAAAGGAGAGAAUGUAUCCACUACAGAAGUGUCAGAGGUUUUAGGUCUUCUUGAUUUUAUCCAGGAGGCCAACGUCUACGGAGUCACCAUACCAGGAUAUGAAGGUCGGGCAGGUAUGGCGGCUAUUGUCUUAAAACAGGAUCACAAAUGUAAUGGACCAAAACUCUACAACCAUUUAGUAAAAACACUUCCUGCGUAUGCCUGGCCUUGGUUUCUCAGAAUACAGAGCUCUCUGGAUGUGACAGAGACCUUCAAGCAGCAGAAGAUAAAGCUGGUCCAAGAGGGAUUUAAUCCGGACGUCACCCAAGAUCUUCUGUAUUUCUUAGAUGUCUCUCAGAAGGACUAUAUUCUCCUGACUGUAUGUCUUUAUGAUGACAUAGUGUCUGGAAAGAUCAAAUUAUAAACGUUUUAGGACAUGUUAAUGCAGUGUGAGUACAGACCGUACAUUGAAAGAGAAGUAAACAUAGUCCAUGCCGUGGCCAUAUUCCUAUCUGUCUGUAUUUAAAACCUGGUUUGUGUUCAGUGCCACAAUGAGUGGCUCCCAACAUUUUUACUUUUCAGCCCCUCAAAAUAAAGAUGUACCUAGCCCGCUCACAGUUUGCAUGUGUAGGCAAGUUCUGAGAAGUUGAUUCUGAUUCUUCUUUCUCGGAUUGUUUUGAAUAGCUUAUAUCAACGUGAAGAGAAUUCUUCACACGGCAGAUUCACAGUAUGAGAGGAUUUACGUCACCUAAAAAGUUAAACUGCCAUUUGUGCCCAGAAGCUCUUUGAAAUGAUUUUCUAUGUUAGAAACAUGUGAAACUGGAGGAAUUUAAAGGACAACAUAGUUUAAUGUGGUUUUCAAUAAUUUCAAUAAUUUGUCUCCACACAGCACAUCCUCAUUAGGAGCAGAUUUAACUUGAAAGAGCAGAUUUACAUCACCUAAAUAGUUUAAAGUCUAGGCAAGUCUAGGCAAAGCAAAAAUAAAUGUGUAAUGAGUUUUUCACACCACAGAAAAAUGUGUUAUUAACUGUCUAGUUUAACUUGAAUGAUUAAAACAUUUUCCAAAUAUAUAAAAUUAGGUUGAUCACGAUCAAAAUCGUGAAAAAACAAGCAGUAAUCUCUGCUCUUAGAUGGUGGGGGCGUGUCCACUGAAGCAGCUAAACUGAUCAUUAAGCCACUGCCAGGGUGCUGCAAGGCCACAGACUCUCAUUAGGAGCUAAUCCAGUAGCACAGCAAUGUACACGAUCCUGAGCCAAAGAACAAGUCGUGUGGUGGCAGACUCUCGUCAACAGUCUAUGGUCAUUGCAGUCACACAGUCUAUGGGUGCACGGCACACACCCUCCAAACUGGGAAACGAGAAUUGCUAUGCACCUAUAGCCUCUCAGUCAGCAGCUGACAGCGGCUAACGUCAGUACAAAGCACACACCCACGGUGGUGAGCAGUAACUGCUGGUGGGCCGGGUAGCUGAUUCAACCAGAAAGAAUAAAAGGUGAUGGCUAAUUUACUUGUAUGAUUGUGGCAUUUGACAGAAAUGUUUAUUCAUGUUUUUAUUAAACUGAAAGAACUCAGA